UUUAUGCACAGUCACUAAAGCAGAACAUUUCAUACGAAAGUAUUAAUUAGAUACCUUUACUUUUCUAGAAUCUAGUUAAGAUGACAAAGUUGGUACUAUGUUCAUUUAGUCUCCUAAUAUUAGUGUCACAAAGUGCAACACUUCAGCCAGCUAUGUUAAUGGCUCUUCUUGAAAUGUUAUUGAAAGGGUUAAAGGACACACCAAUUUUGAUUCCUUCCGCUAAUAUUUCCAUUCCCAAAAAUCUACAAAAUAUAAUAACUGGUGACUUGAAUUUAACUCAGAUUCAUGUACAUGGGUUGGACACGUUGAAUUACUACAUUAAAGUUAAUAAGUUACCCACAGAUAGAGAGUUAUUUACAAGAAACGGUAUUUCUAUUAAUACAACUUUUGAUACUCUUGGAUUGGAAACUGAAUAUAUUUUAAAUAUGGAUUUAGUAGACAUAGUUCCGCUAUAUGGAAACGGUACUUUCAGGUUAGGCUUCACAAAACUAGCAUUGGAUAUUGACGUAAAUCUUUACGAUAAAUUUUUAAAAAAUAUGUCUAUGGAGGAUUUGAAUAUUAGAUUUUAUCUACGACACUCUUCAGAUUCAGAAAUAACUGGCUUUUGGAACAAUGUGAAAGUAAGCACACUAAUCACCAAUAUUAUAAAUAUCGUGGAGCCAGUUGGAUGUAUGUGGUACGACUAUGAACGAGAAUGUCUGGAUUGUGUUCUCAGCAAUCUUUCCCAAUUCUUAAUAAACAACUAUAUUUUCAAAUCAAACACUACUGAAGACUUCAUCAAAUGCGAAUGUUUAGAUGAGUUAUCUUUUUUAAGAAAGAUUCACAUACCAUCCCUAGUUGAAUCUUGGGAGACAGGAGACUACAGUUAUAUAAAACAUCAGUUAUUAGACAAUGACGAAGUGGAGAAUAUUUAUAAUAAAAUUUAUUAACAUAAUUUCUUAAUUUAUAGUGGAAAUUUCUGUAAACAUAAUAAUAAUGUAAGCAAAACUUCAAUAAAAUAAAAUAUUUUA